UCUAAAUUUCAACGUGAUGGUGCGGUUUGACAAUUUUCCGCCCAUAUGAUUGAUAGCAGCUUUGAAGCAAUGUGGGUUUCGUUUUCUCAAAGGCAGCAUCCCAAAAGCGAUCGACCCUAAAAGCACUCGACUGAACCAGAGCUGGGUCAUCCAUUUAGUUUGAGCGGAGGAGCCAUGCAUUUGAAGGAUUGGAGCAGUUGAAAGGCAGAAGCAGGGAGAGGUAAUUAAAAAUGAGUCUGCAAGGUCAAGAGAUGGAGGCCUGUCGUUCAGAGACAGAGAAUUUCUGCAGCUUGAAGGAUGAAGAAGAUGUGGUGUGGGAGAAUGUGGAAUGUAACCGGCACGUUCUCAGCCGGUACAUCAAUCCAGCCAAGCUUACACCGUACCUUCGGCAAUGCAAAGUUAUUGACGAGCAGGAUGAGGAUGAGGUGCUCAACUCACACAUGCUGCAGUCCAAAAUUAACAGAUCAAGUCGUCUUCUGGAUAUCCUCCAAACAAAGGGACAGAGAGGGUAUGUUGUUUUUUUGGAAAGUCUUGAGUUCUAUUAUCCAGAACUGUACAAGCUGGUCACAGGGAAGGAGCCCACACGAAGAUUCUCCACCAUUGUAGUGGAAGAAGGACAUGAGGGUCUGACACAGUUUCUGAUGAAUGAGGUCAUAAAGCUGCAACAACAGACAAAAGCCAAGGAGAUGCUACGGUGUGAUCUGCAGGUGAAAAUGAAGCAGCUUGAGGAUGAGAAGAAACAGCUGAAGCUAGUGAAUCAAGAACUACAUACCUUCCAGGAACGUUACAACAAAAUGAAGGAGGAGAGGAACAACUACAAUGAUGAGCUUAUGAAAGUCAAAGAUGACAAUUACAACUUAGCCAUGAGGUAUGCACAGCUCAGUGAAGAGAAGAAUAUGGCAGUGAUGAGAAGCCGGGAUUUGCAACUCCAGGCUGGGAAACGGAGCUUACCAGAUUCUGAAAAAGCAAUCCUUGACAUCUUGGAGCAUGAUCGGCAGGAGGCUCUGGAAGACAGACAAGACCUUGUCAACAAAAUUUUCAAUUUACAGGAGGAGAACAGACAAGCGGAAGAGCUGAGAGAUAAGUAUCUGGAGGAGAAAGAGGAUUUGGAGUUAAAAUGUUCAACGCUGGUUAAAGAUUGUGAAAUGUACAAGCAUCGGAUGAACACUAUCAUGUUUCAGCUGGAGGAAGUGGAAAAAGAGCGAGAUCAGGCAUUCCGAUCCCGAGAUGAAGCCCAGACGCAGUUCUCACAAUGCCUGAUUGACAAAGAUAAAUAUCGCAAACAGAUCCGGGAACUAGAGGAGAAAAAUGAUGAGCUCCAAAUUCAGAUUGUCAGGAAAGAAGGGAAAAUCGUGGCCUUGGAGUCGAAGCUUCGGCGUAUGUCCAAGGACACCUUGUCUGCAGACCAGAGCCUGCCACGGAAUAUUCCAGUCACUGUUAUCUCUCAGACUUUGUGUCAUUCCUGUCAGAAGAGGAACGGACAAGAGCAGGCGAGUUCAUCAACAUCAGAGGAAUCGCCUGAAGAUAAUGAAUUUUUUGUGCAGGAGCCACGACUAAGACGGAGACCAAACCUUAAAGUUUACGGAAUUGGAAGACCGAAAUCUCCAUGCACGUUUCCCAGGCAACAAGAUUAUCAAGAUGAAGAUUUGUCAGAUGUCAGCAGCAGUAAAAUGGAAACUCCUAACUCCAUUAAUGGUUGUGAUCCUCUGAGUACAAUGCAGACACUGAGGCCCCGAUUCCCCAGUGUUAUGUCAACUACCCCUGAACCACCUUGCAAUGAUUCAAUUCUCCGAAGGACUAGAGAAGAAGACCGGGAGAUGCCACAUAGAAGUGCCCGUUUGAAGAAAUACAGUAUAACAGAGGAGGACAAUGAUAGUAUCUGCUGUUACACCUUUGAUACCUUACAAACAGAAACAGAUGAUGAAUAUCAGGACAGGAUCUCUCAUGGACCACCAUCCAUUCACUCAUCAUCAUCAUCACAUCAGUCUGAAGCUUUAGAUUCAUGUGAAUUAGACCAUAUGGACUCCAUAUUCAGAAAAUUCUCUUUGGAAAGACCUUUUCGUCCAUCUGUGACCUCUGCCACUCAGAUCAGUAACCCUUUGAAACAUAUGCUGCACACAACACUCAGUGGGGACAACCUGGUUACUGAAAUCUCUGUUCUCGGUGGAAAUGAAAGAGGCCUUUUCAUUCAAUCAGUACAGUCCGGUUCUGCUGCAGAGAAGGCAGGGCUGAAGGAAGGACACCAACUGAUUUUGCUAGAAGGAUGCAUCAGGGGAGAAGCUCAAAGUGUUGCCUUGGAAGCAUCUACUAAAGAAGAAGCACAUUGGACAUUACAACGCUGCAAUGGACCAGUGACACUCCACUUUAAAGCAAACUUUGACGGUUACAAGAAACUACAAAAAGAUUUGGAAGAUGGUAUUAUCACAUCUGGGGAUUCCUUUUACGUUCGAACCAAUUUGAAUAUUUCUGGGCAGACAGACAGCUGCUCGAUGUGUGUGAAGUGCGACGAGAUUAUCCAUGUUUUAGACACUAUGUACCAGGGCAAGUGUGAAUGGCUGUGCGCUCGAGUCGAUCUGUUCACUGACAAAGACUUGGAGAAAGGCACGAUUCCCAGCUACUGCAGAGCUCAGCAGCUACUCCUGGUGAAGAUUCAGAGAUUGAUGUACCGUGGCAACAGAGAUGAGACAGACAAUCAAUAUAGCACACUCCGAGGAUUAUGGAAUUUUUUACAACCUGAAGAACAGCCCUCUAUUGAUCCCAAAGCUCCCCGUCUCUCAAGAGCGAGCAUUUUCUUCGGUCAGAUUUUACAGUUUGUCAGUAGGUCUGAUAACAAGUACAAGAGAAUGAAUAGCAGUGAGCGUGUGCGGAUUGUCACUGGCUCCCCAUCUGGCCCAGCAAAAGCCUCUUUCGAAACUCUGAAACUUUCAGCUGACAAACAGGAUGAUGUGGAUACAGAAAGUGACAUCAAGAGAGGUUUCACAUUAAUCCCGUACAGCCUGGUCCAUCCAUACCACAUCCAACAGAAACGCCCUGUGUUGUUCUCCCCUACAUCACUAGCCAAAAUGCUCGUGCAAAAGUUGCUGAACUCUGGAGAAGCCAUGGAAUUUGACAUCUGCAAAUCAGAUAUUUUAAACAAAGAAGAAUAUUUGCAGAAACAGAAGUCGGAACCAAUUAUCUUCUCCAGAGAAAAGCAUUUAAACACCUUUGAAUGUGUCAUGCCUGCUAACAUCAAAGCUGUAACUGCCAAGUUAUUAGAUUCGGAAGGCCUGUACCUCAGGAGAUUGCCAGCAAAACCAGACAGUGGUGAGGAAGAGUUUCUGAAGAGCUGCCGUUCCAAUGAGAGCGAGCUUGAAUCCCUCCCCUGCUUGUAUACAACAGUGGAAGCUGAUACAUGGGGCAACAUCAAGGAGCUCAUCAAAAUUAUCAAAGAGAAAAUCAUCGAGGAACAGAGAAAGACAGUCUGGAUUGAUCAAGAUCAACUCUAGGAUUUCACUGACUGUAACCAACAGGAUUUAAACCAAUAACAAAUCCCUUGCCAUGCAUGAACUACCAAACAGUAAGUCAGUCCUGCAGGAGGGAUUCGGAGGAUGCUUUUUGUAAGCAAUCGAUGAUGAUUCUUACAUAGCAAGGUAGCUUUGUUAAAAACACAAAAUGCUCAGAACACCAUUUUUUAAACAGACAAAAACUUGUAUUUUUUUAAAAAAGGUGAAUACCACAAUGAAAACGCUUUUCCUUAUUAUAGUGCCUUAGAAAGAAUUCUUGAGAUGCAGCUGUAGGUGACUGCAUCAUUUACAGAGGAAGAAUGCUACCGAGAAAGAAAGAAUUAUCUCUUUAAAUCCUCACUGUGUUGCUUACAUGAUUGCAAGCUCAAAGCCAAGGUGGUGAAAUAAAAGCUUGAGCAAUAAGAGCUUAGUACUCAGGUACUUCACACUCACCCAUCCGUGUUUCUAUAAAGAGAUUUGAGGAAUUAUAUCUGAGUACAAUGUUUUAGUCAGUAGAGGAGUGGGGAAUUACUUUGGUAACCUGAUCCAUUUAUGCAUUCCUGCUGUUGUUGGAUCAAGGUUUCAAGACAUCCACGAAGAGGUUGUAUUCUAGAGUACCCUGACUUCCAAAUGUAAACCAACAUGGCAUUGGAGUGGAGUAUAUUCCAAUAUGCACAAGCUGUCACAGAGCAAGUAGUGUUUUUUUUGUACAAACAUACAGGUUUACAAUUUAACUAUACAAAAUACAUGGAGGGAAUUUCCUCUGUGGUGAAUUAAGACUUUUUAAUAAAAAAGGGAGGGGAACUAGAGAAGUCAAAAAGGAAAAGUAUUUGAAAAAUUAUAGGUUAGAAUUUCCAUAUGGUUGAAUGGGAGAUAUGCCAAGCCAUGAGAUUGCAGAUGGCGCUGGAGUGCAAUUUUGCUGCCGAUGGCGGCCUACAGUGCCUCAUGGAUACCCAGUCUUGAUCUGUUUGAAAUCCAUUCCAUUUAGCAAAGUAAUAGUACCACACAACAAGAUGAAGGGUAUUCUGAACACAAAGGCGGGUCUUGGUUUCCACAAGAACUGUGCAGUGGUUGCUCUUACUGAUACUGUCAUGGACAGAUGAAUCUGCUGGCUGCAGAUGCACAAAGGAGGAGAUAGAGUAUGUCUUUCCCUUUUGUUGGUUCCCUCAACCACCUGCCACAGACCCAGUCGAGCAGCAGUGUCCUUUAAGGCCCAACCAGGUUGAUCAGUAGUGCCGUUGUCAAGCCACGCUCGGUGGUGUACAUUAAAAUCCCCCACCCGGAGUAUAUUUUACACCCUUGCCACCCUCAGUUCUUUCUUUAAGCGCUGCUCAAGGUUGAGGAGUACUGAUUCAUCAGCUGAGGGAGAACAAUACGUGUUAAACAGCAAGAAGCUUCUUUACAUAUUUAACCUUAAACCAUGAGACUUCAUGGGAUCUGGAGUCAAUGCUGAGGACUCCCAGGGCAACUCCCUCCUGACACUACACCAAUGUGCCGCCACAUCUGCUGGGUCUGUCCUGCUUGUGGGACAGGACAUAUCCAGGGAUGGUGAUAGGGGUAUCUGGUAUAUAGUCGUACUUACCAUGUCAGGCUUUUUUGAUUCAUCCGAGAGACAGCUCUUCCAAUUUUAGCACUAGCCCUCUGACAUUAGUAAGGAAGACUUUGCAGGAUUGACAGGGUUGUUUCUUUUGUUCUUUUCCAGUGCCUAGGUCAAAGCCAGGUAGUCUGUCCAGUUUCAUUUCUUUGCCACCUUUACACAUCCAUCCCUUUCCCACAAACUCUGCCCAAGAUUCCUAUUCCUCACUGGUCCUGAACCUGCAUCUAAUGUCUGUUUCCCCCAAAGUCCUCUUCAAGCUCUAACUUUCCCUUGAUUUAGUUUCAACUAAACUAUUGACCAUCCAACUUUUCUUUCUGAUUCCUGUGCUUAUGACAUGACAUCAUUGUUGUUCCUUUCAAGCACUGUCCUCCUUCCUUUCAAAAAACUCACCCUAGAUCUCUAACUUUAUUACCCAUUCAAUCUCCCUUUCCUCUUCAAAAGAACUUUGAAUAUGUUGUUUUCAUUCAAAUCAGGGCCCAUUUUCCAGCAACCCAUCUGAAUUUUUCCAAUUAGGUUAUAACAAUACUGAAGUGGCCUUUAACCAACAUUCUAUCAGAGUCUCUGCACAGAAGGACAAAAACUGCAAAUACAAGGGAACAUCAGUACCCGCAGAGUUCACUUGCAAGCACCUCACUAGGCUGGCUUAGAACUGUGUCAUUCGGUCAAAAUCCUGGAAAUCCAUUACUGACAGCACCAUUGAUGUCCCUACAUCACAGGUAACACAACAGUUCAAGAAAACUGCUCACCAUCACCUUUAAAGGCAAUUAGGGAUGGGAAAUAGAUGCUGGCCUAGCCAACAACACCCACACACAGUACAUGAAUGAGAAUAAAAAGUCACAAACUAUUGCUUUCCGAAUGUAAUUAUGGUGCACUAACUCAUUUCAUUCUUCUCCCCCUUUCUUCAGCCUUCGAAAAUGGGAAAUCACACCAUCCUCUUCUAGCACUUUAUCUCAAUGGAAUUCCCUUGCUUGAUCACACUUACCUGGCCAUAACAGUGGUUUCUAUUCUUGCCCUCACUGGACUCUUAUAGGGUUCUAAGCUUGUCACUCCUCUGUGAGCUGCCCUCUGGCAAUGUCACAUGAAGACAUAUCAGCAUUCAUGUAGAACAUGAUGCUGACAUCUACCUCCAUCUCGCCACUUAGUCAGACCUUUCACUGCUUGUGUUAUCAGUCUGCAUGUCUAACAUCCAGUUCUGUCCAUCCACUCUAAAUUUCUUCCAAAUGAGUUUAAGAUUGAAACCAUGAUAUUUGGUCCCCUGAAAACUUCAUUCCCACCACAAUCAUUGGUUGAAACCAACACUUUACAAACAAUGACAUCCUACUUGACCCUGAGCUUAGCUUCAGAUCUCAUUCCUUUCAACAUCAAAAAAAAUCUUAUUUUUUCCCACACAAGGCCCACCUUGAUAUCCAUCUCUUCAACCAAAGAUUUAGUCACUCCUAAUGUCAUCUUUGGUUUUGUGUCAAAUAUCUGCCUGAUUACACUCACGUGGAAUGUCUUUGCACAUUUCCGUAAAAUCAUAGGAGGUAGGAGCAGAAGUACGCCAUUCAGCCCACCAGGUCUGCUCUGUCAUUCAAGGAGAUCAUGGCUUAUCUGAAUUCUCAACUCGUUACCUGCCUUAAUUGAUAAUGCUUGAUUCCCUUACAGAUGAAAAAAAAAUCAUCUCAGCCUUGAACAUUUUUGAUGACUCAGCUUCAACAGCCCACUGUGAUAUGGAAUUCCACAGAUGCACAACCUUGUGAGAAGAAAUUCCUUCUUGCAUCAGUCUUAAAUAGGUAGCCCCUUCCUCUUGAGAUUAUGCCCUCUGGUCCUAGACUCUCCCACAAGGGAGAAAAAUCAACCUCUCCACAUCUACUCUUUCAAGCCCCAUUAGACUCUUGUAUUUCACUCUUCAAAAUUCCAAUGAGUGUAGGCCCAAACUACUCAACUUCUCCUCACCUGGGAGAAAGCAAGUGAGCCUUCUGUUGAAGGCCUCCAAUGCCAGUAUAAGUUGGUUAUGUAAGGUGACCAAAACUGUUCAUUGUAUUCUAGGUGUGGCUUGACUAAUGCCUUGUAUAGUUUUUCAAGACUUCCCCAUCACCUGAACUUGGAUGUUAGCUUUUGCAAUUUAUGCACAUGAUUUUUUUUUUUAAAAAAAGGAACACUUGUUCAUGAGGUGCUAGCAUCAUUGGCUAGGCUGGCAUUUAUUGUCCAUCCCCAAGAAACAGCCACGUUGCUGUAGGUCCACAGUCAUGUGUACCAGACCAGGCCAUGAUUGCAGAUUUCCUUCCCUAAAUGGCUAUAUGCCAGCUUUUCAUUGAAUUCUACUACAGCGGAUGGUGAAAUUCCAAUUCAAACUCAUGUCCCGAGGACAUGAGCCUAGGGUUCUGGAUUACUUGUCCAGUGAUAUCGUCAUUAUGCCAAUGCCUAUCUUGGAGGUGCAGCUUUCUACACUCUCACCAUUAAAUAACAUUCAGCUUUUCUAUUCUUUCUGCGAUCCAAAAGGUGCAUAACCUUCAUUUUCAUACAUUAUGUUCCAUCUGCCAAGUUUUUGCCCAUUUGCUGAACCGGUCUAUAUCCCGCUGUAGAGUUUGUCUCAUCCUCACUACUUGUCCUUUUACCUAGUUUGCAGAUGACACAAAACAGGUGGUAGUGUGUAUACUUAUCUCAUCCAAGUCAUCUAUAUAAUUAUGGCCCUGGCACUGGACUAGUUAGAUUGCAAUGCUAAAAAUGACCCCUUUAUCCUAACUGUCUGUCCUCUAGCAUAAAUAGAUGAUUCUCUCUUUUUAAUAAUGUACUACCCCAGAUCACAGUGGAUUCUUAACCUAUUAAAUAGCCUGAAAGGUGGUACCUCAUUGAAUGCCUUUUUCAAAAUCCAAAUGUGUUACGUUGACUCGUUCCCCUUUACUAUCCUACUUGAUUGCUCUUCAAAGAAUUCUUAAAAUUUGUCAGACAAUUUCCCUUUCAUGAAGUCAUGCCAACUCUGCUUUAUUAUGCAUUUCUAAAUGUUGUAUUGUAUCUUUCAUAAAAUAGCUGCAAACAUUUUCUCAUUGACAUAUUAAGCAAUAGUUAACGUUUUUUCUGUCCGUCUGUUUUUUGACCAAGGGGUCUUGCAUUUCACAAUUUUCCAAUCUUCUAGGACUUUUCCAGAAUCUAAGGAUUCUUCAUGAUUAUUACAUGUGCAUCCAUGUUAUAAUAAAGCAAAGUAUAAACAGAUGAUGCUGGAAACACUCCUUAUGUUAGGAAUGGUUAAUAGUUCAAGUUGAUGAACUUUUGUCAUUAUCUUAGGUCUACGUUUUCUUUAAAACCUGAACUGUUAUCCUACCAUCCUUUCUGCUUCCUGACCAGCCACAUAGAGUCAUAGAAAUAUACAGCAUGGAAACAGACCCUUCAGUCCAACUUGUGCAUGCUGUCCAAAUAUCCAAAUUAAUCUAGUCGUAUUUGCCAGCAUUUGGCCCAUAUCCCUCUAAACCCAAUCCACGUACCCAUCAGUUGCCUUGUAGUGCUCCAAUUGUACCAGCCUCCCCCACUUACUCUAGCAACUCAUUCCAUACAUGCACCACCCUCUGCCUGAAAAAGAGACCCAAGGGGCAACUUUUACAUCUUUCCCCUCUCACCUUAAACCUAUGCCCUCCAGUUUUGGACUUCCCUAACCUGGGGGAGACAAACAGCCAUUCAUGUUGUUGCUGUUGAAUGCAACAGUAAUAUGCCUUAAGUUCCUCUUUCAACCAUACAAAGACUGACAUGAUGUUACACUGAAAUACAUUGCCUGGGAUAAUUUUGUAUAUUGUGAAUCCGAAGUGUUCUUUGAUGCCUGACAUUCCUGUUAGCCUCACUUUACAGUAUUAGAUGUUGGUAACUUUCAAAAUCUACUGAUUGUUGAUUUUGAAAACUGCAGAGAAUGUUUGAUCAUUUUCUAGUGGAGCUCAGAAGGAAGAAUGUGAAACUAGUGAAAUAGUUGAGUACCUUACCAUCUUGUAGAGUUUUGUAUCUGUAGGAAGGGUGGUAUUUUAUUCCUGCCUUCUCAAAAAAGUGGAAUUUUGUUCUACAGUAAAGUCCUGCUGUUCUUGUCUUCACCAUUUGCCAGUUAAUUAUCUGUACAAAACAUUAUGUAUACCAUAUUGUCCAUUGCAGGUCCAAUGUUUACCUUUGUUAUUUUCGACAAGGUUUUUUUUAAAAAAAAUGUCAGCAACAGAAAAAUCACAAAUGAAUGUAAGAAAAAGAUUAAGAUAUUAAAAAGUGUCCAUGACAAACUGCACUGUUUUCUCUCAACUAACAAAUAUGCAGUUCAUAUGUUUUUUGCUUUGUUGCUUACUGAAGUUUUUGUAUAUUUGAUCAUUUUUGUCAUGACAGUGCAUUUUGCUAGAGAGCCUCAAGGGUAAAUAUGAUUUUUAAAAAAUUUUAUUUAACCAUCUUUCCAAUAGAAUUUUUUUAUUAUCUCUAAUCUCUAUUAAACUUUAGAAUUGUUGGAACAUAUCCAGUUAGUUAGCAUUAUGAAAUCUUAGUUAUUUGCAUGAUUUUCCAAGAAUGUAAACCCUGCAAAGAGGAAAAUACACUGAACUCAAAUGAAAAUUCAUUUGAUUCCUAUUGCUCAACAUUUUCCUCAAGUGAAGUGUAGUGAUUUCUCCAUUGUUUCUAAUGUCAUACCAGUGGUUCUGAUAUUUGUUUAAUUAACAUGAUUAUACAAAAUAAGCAGGAUGGAGUAUUUUAUAUAAACAGUGCAAUAAUGACAAAUAAUCUGAGAGUGCGUGUGGCGAAGUGUUCCCUGCUUCUGUAUCAAAAUGAAUGUAACUGCGGCUAGUGUCACAACUGCCCAUGACACUAGUAUUAAUCACUGCCCUUUGUCACUCAAAAUUAGUUCACAUUCCAUCCCACUAGCAACAAAUGAAGAUCCUCUCUUAGCAAUAGUUUGAGAAUUCCAGAGACUGACAUUUGGGAUUUGAAGCUUUAUUCCACAAUGCCGAGGUAAUUAAGUGGCGCAACAGUUGCUAUAUCUAAUGACAACACCCUUCUUUUUGGCAACUGCCACUAAUCCAGUUUAUGACCAGACUGUAGCUCUGUCUGAUUCAGCAAAGUUGCAAGCCUAAAGUUGUCGGAUCUCCUUUAAGUUAAUGGCAUUUACUGCAUUCUAAACUACUUCAGCACAAGCUCAGUUUUAUACCAGGCUUCCCACAAAACCAUCAGCAGCCAAAACAAAGGAUGUAGAAAGACUGAUAGCAAGCCACGAUUUGCUUCUGCUUUGACUCAAUCCAGUGAUGUUUGACAUGAUACUGAGGAAUUCAAUUCUGCAUCAAUCAUUAAUCCAAUGUCCACUGGUGCAAACUGGAGAAAAGAUCCAUACUCUGUGGUGCCUUGCUUCAUUAAAAGUCCUUUUUGAGGACUAAUAGCAUUGUUGCAUUAAAAUCCCGAGAGAUGAGGAGAUCACGAUCAUGUCACCUCAUCUGAAGAUGAAUCUGAAUGAGGCAUACUUACAUUUUCUACCUUUUCCCAUUGUGUCUUCUGUAGCAUGAUCCGAAACCCUUCCUUCAAAAUAUGAAUGUAAGCAAGGAGUGCACAAAUCUGUUAAAGUUUGUAGCAUUCUAUUUGAUUAGUAUGGAUUGUUAGAUGAA